AUGUCUAACCUAAUGAUGCUAAUUGUGCUUAACUCUGAAAAGUUUGGCACUUACUGGAAAUUAACCGCUUCUCUUGAUCUUCCCAAUUCUCUUCGUUAUCUUUACUGGCGUGGAUAUCCUUUGAAAUCUUUGCCGUCAAAUUUUUCUCCUGAAAAUCUAGUUGAGCUUCAUAUGCCUGAAAGCCAAGUUAAAGAGCUUUGGAAUGAACCCCAGAGACUUGUGAACUUAGAAGUGAUCAAUCUACAACACUCUAAAUAUCUAACAGAAGUUCCAAAUCUCUCUUGGAGUCUAAAAAUUGUGGACAUAAAUCUUUGUGGCUGUGAAAGUUUGGUUGAAAUUCCCUGGUGCUUUCAACGUCUCCACAAACUUACUCAUCUUGAUCUUGCAAGAUGCACGAGUCUUAAGUAUCUUCCAGAGAUGCCAGAGAAUAUUGAAAUCUUAGAUUUAUAUCGUAGUGGUAUACAGGAAUUGCCUGAAUCAGUUUGGUCUCACGAGAAAAUUACUUACAUGGAUAUAACAGAUUGUAGAGACCUCAAGAAACUUCCAAGCAACAGGUGUAAGCUGAAAGUCUCUGGUUGUUUUAAUCUACAGGGCUGCACAUCUCUUGGCCAGGUUUCUGAGCUUCCCAGGGAUAUAAGUAAAUUAUCAUUGGUUGGUUGCAAGAGCCUUGUGAGUCUCCCAACCAACAUUUGUAAGUUGAAAUAUCUCAGGGAACUCGAUCUCUCUAGCUGCUCUAAACUUGAAAACUUCCCAGAGAUCUUGGAGCCGAUGGAAUAUUUGGAAUAUCUUUGUUUAAGUCGAACAGCUGUUCUAGAGCUACACUCAUCAAUCGAAUUUCUCCCUGCUCUCAAAAACAUUCAACUAAGAGACUGCAAAAGGCUUUCAAGUAUCCCGAGGAGCAUUUGUAACUUGAAAUCUCUUGAGAGACUUGAUCUCACAGGUUGCUCUGCUUUUUACGAAUUCCCUCCAAUCUUGGAGCCAAUGGAACAUCUGAACUUUCUUAGUUUGAAAGGGACAGCGCUCGAAAAACUUCCUUCGUCUAUUGCAAGUCUGUUUGGGCUUGAAACAUUAGAUCUUGAUAUGUGCAAGAACCUUAACGUUGUCCCAAGAAGCAUCUACAGUUUAACCAACCUUAAAACUCUCAGCUUUCGUGACUGUCGGGGACUCAAAGAGUUGCCAUCCGGUUCUGUUGGUUUGCUCUCUUUGGAAGUUCUUGACCUCCGUCGCACCCGCAUAUCAGAAAUCCCUGAUGGUUUCGUUGGCUCAAUCUCAUUGCAAGAUUUAAUUUUGAGUGAAACCAGGAUUAGGAGCAUACCUGCAGGCAUCAGAAAAGCUUCUCGGUUGCAUAGACUAAGCGUAAUUGGGUGCAAGCGGCUUCAAUCAUUACCAGAGCUCCCAGUCGUAUGUGACCUUGAAGCACAUGGAUGCACGUCGCUGAGUACAGUGUCAAGUUCAUGGACAGCACUCAUACAAGGUUGGGAUAAAUACGACUCUUUUGGAAAACUUGAUUUUUCUGAUUGCCGAAAAUUGGAUCAUAAUGCAAGGAGCAACAUAAUGGAUGAAGCACAUAUUAGAAUUAUGCGAGUAGCAACUGAGCCAUUAAAGAACCCUUAUGGGAACCCUUGUGUUAGCAUUGUAUGUCCUGGAAAAGAAAUUCCAAAUUGGUUCAGCUUCGGCUAUCAAAGUGAGGGAUCUUCAGUUCAUAUCAAGCUUCCUCCAGAUUGGUUUCGAACAGGUUUAUCAGGUUUCGCUCUCUCUGUCGUUGUCUCUUGUGUUUCCAACUGCCAGGGAGACUUAAGGGUAAGAGCUAGUUUCAAUGUUAAAUUACUGGGUGAAAGCCAUGAACUGUUCACUUCUUUAUUCUACAUCCCAAUUCGGAGAUUGAAUGGCUACUGUUACGACCGACAUCACGUGUAUGUGUGGAAUAAGGCCUUUAUAAGUGAAGAGGUAGCAAAAAAAUGCUCCCCUGAUGUUUACAAACUUGCCAAUGAGGCCUCUGUUGAGUUCUACCUGCCAAAGUUUUACGAACAACACACUCCCGGUGCGAAGGUGGAAAAGUGUGGUAUAUGCCCGUUUUAUGUUGAAGAUGCUGAGAAAUUCAAAGUUGAUCAUGUCUUCGUACCAGGGGAACCAAAAAUACGAGAAGAAACAAGACAGGAUGAAAAUUUGGAAGCUUGUGGAUCAAGUUACGUGAACAAAGCAAAUGAAAGUGAUGACGAGUCAUUAGCCAGUGAAUCAAGUUAUGAUCAGUUGGAAGCAAAUGAAAGUGAUGAUGGUCAGAGGCCUGGUCUUUUUUGA